CCAAAAAAACGCACACACACACAAUUAGCAGAGGAAUGAGAAAGCGCGAAUGAAACGAGUCCUGCUGGACUCUGCUUUGGAACAAAGGAACAAAAGAAGUGAACAAACGAAAAACAGAGCGUCUCUGUUUCCUUCACACCAAUCAAAUCAUCAUAUCAUAAUUCAUAAACUAUCACAUACGCUUCCAACGCGAUUCUUCUUCCCAAACAUAAUAAAGGCUUCAAAAUUCAAUUCACAUGCAAAUUACAAAAUUCCUAAUUUACCCCCAUUUAUUCACCACCAAGGCAACAACGCUUCUCGUAGAUUCCGAUGGCGUUGAGAACCGCUGGCAGAAAACUCUCCUUCGAUGUUCUCCGCCACCGUGACGACGACGACGACGCUGCUGUUCCGAUCAACAGAGCAGAAUCAGACCCGACGCAAACGGCGACGAUGCGCAAGAGCCGCAAGCAGAGAAGGAAUAAGAAGAAGAAGGACCAGAAGCUUCUAGAAUCUUCUUCUGUAACGGGAGCUGAUCUGUGUUCCGCCGUUGAGGAUUCCAGAACUCUUAAUUCAGAUUCCGUUACAUCCGAUCCGCAUUUUCCGCUUCAGAAUGGAAGCGCUUGCAACGGAUUCGAGCUCGGGGCUCGGAAGUUUUACUCCACCGGUAGCGUAACGUUGGUGGAGGAAGAGGAGAGUGCGGCGAGCGUUUGUACUGGUCCGGCGACCGGGUUUAAUUUUGGUGAACUGAGGCAGAGAGCUGUGAACAGUGGUAGCUCUGAGGAUUUGGCGAAUUCAGCUGCUGUGGCUGUUGACGGCGGAGGGAAGGAUGAUGGUGGUGCGAAGGCGAGUCCGAUUGAGAAUCCAAAGCUGACGAAUGAGAAUGAUCGGAACGGUGGUGUUGCGAAGUUGGAGACUGUGGAAUCGUUGGAUUGGAGGCGUGUCAUGUCAGAAGAUCCGAAUUAUGUAUUUUUGGUGGAUAAAUCUCCUCUAGCAUACUUCUUGGAAGAAAUGCACAAUGGAAAUUCUUUACGGAGUACAACAACACUUGGAAAUGAAAAAGAACGAGAGAGAGUCUAUGACACUAUCUUUCGCUUGCCAUGGAGAUGUGAAUUGCUUAUUGAUGUUGGCUGCUUUGUCUGCUUCGAUUCAUUUCUUUCAUUAUUAACUAUCAUGCCAACAAGAAUCAUGAUGACCGUUUGGAAGCUUUUAAAGACAAGGCAGUUCAAGAGGUUGUCUGCUAUGGAAUUAUCAGAUUUUGGCUGCUUUCUUAUUAUGAGUUGUGGAGUCAUUCUUCUGCAGCAGACAGAUAUCAGCUUAAUAUAUCAUAUGAUCCGUGGUCAAGGAACAAUCAAAUUAUAUGUGGUCUACAAUGUUUUAGAGAUUUUUGAUAAAUUAUGUCAAAGUUUUAAUGGGGAUGUACUGCAAACACUAGUCUUACUUGUUCAUUCUUUUAUCUUAUUAGCUCAGGCAAUCACUCUAUCAACCUGUAUAGUUGCUCACAACAAUGCAUUGUUCGCUUUGCUGGUGUCAAAUAAUUUUGCUGAGAUAAAAAGCAAUGUGUUUAAGCGAUACAGCAAGGACAAUGUACACAGUUUGGUUUACUUUGAUUCUAUAGAGAGAUUCCAUAUUUCAGCAUUUAUCUUAUUUGUUUUGGCUCAAAAUAUUCUGGAGGCAGAGGGUCCUUGGUUUGAGAGUUUUCUUAGUAAUGUUCUAUUGGUUUAUGUAUGCGAAAUGAUAAUUGAUAUCAUCAAGCAUUCAUUCAUUGCUAAAUUCAAUGACAUCAAACCCAUUACAUACUCUGAGUUCCUUGAAGACCUCUGUAAACAGACUUUAAAUAUGCAAACUGAGGGUGUGAAGAAAAACCUUACUUUUGUCCCCCUUGCUCCAGCAUCUGUGGUUAUUCGAGUGCUGACUCCAGUUUUUGCUGUAAACAUUCCUCCCAAUCCCCUUCGAUGGAGGCUUUUCUGGAUUCUGCUUUUUACAGCAAUGACCUAUGUUAUGCUUACAAGCCUUAAGGUCCUUGUUGGCUUGGGCCUACAGAAACACGCCACCUGGUAUGUUAACCGGAGGAGGAAGCACCAUCUUCAUGCAGAUUAGGUUAAAAGGGAAAAAGUUUCUGUCUCAAGUCAUGGUGCUUCGCCAUGAAGGCCUCCAUGCAUGUGCCCGCAGAUCAUCUACGAGAUGACCACCGGCAGAUGAUUUGAGAAGUCGAUUCUCAAAUCAUCAUUGAUAACUGGCACAUACAGGAGAAAAUUCUUGUUCAAUCUCUUGGUUUUUCGAACUUAAGAUGAGCCUAUGAAUGGUUUCACCUUGCAAUUUUGAUAUCAGGAUGAAGGCAUAGUUUGAUGAAUACAGAAUAACGAUACAAGGUUGUAUAGGCUGCAUGAAUCCCAUCCCUUUAACCUGCAGCAGAGUUUCUAUAGUUCUAUACCCCUCCAAUUCAUACAUUGCCAUAUUGGACCGUACCAAUUGCCUUCAAAGAAAAGUUAGUUUCACACCCCUUAUUUUGGCCUCUUUCCAUAUGCCAGAUAUACACAGAAGCAACAUACAUGCAGUGCUAUUUGUUAUUAUAAAAUGUAAAAAUUUCUACUUUCAUAUUAUGCUUAUUAUAGGCGCAAUCAAAAUCCCCAGGUGGGUUCAUAAGAAGUCUGAGUUUUUGUGCUUCAUGCAUCUAGUGUGGUUGUGAUACUAAUGUUUACCAUGGAAAUUUAACUGAUA